AAAAAAAAUGAACAGAAUAAAGAUAAUAUAUCAACAAGAAAUAGUAAUCAUAAUAAUGCACAUACAUCUAUUGGUAAAAAUAAAAAAGAUCUUAACAAUAUGUCCGCCAGCAAAAAUAUGAUGGAUGAAAAUAUUCAUAAAACAAAAAACAGCAACAACAACAUCAACAAUAAUAAUAAUAAUAAUAAUAAUAAUUGUAGUAGUAGUAGUAGUAGUAGUAGUGAUACAGAUGCUGUAGAAAGACAAAAUAAUAAUCUUCCUUAUUCUUCAAAUAAUAAUAUGAAAAAAAAAAAAAAAAAAAAAAAAAAAUUAAAAGAAAAAUUAAAUAAUAAUAUUAAACAUAAUGAUAUAAUUACAAAGUCUUGUAUGUUUCCAGCAAACAAAAUAAUAAAAAAUGAUCAGUUUGAAGAUUACGAAAUAAAAAAUUCAAAACAUCUCUUACAUAAAAAUGUUAAUAAUAUAUAUAACCAAUGUGAACAGAAUUUGUCUCUUCAUGAAGAUGUUUUAAAAGAUUUAUUAGCAAAAGGAGAAUAUAAUGAACAACACAUGAUCAAAAAAAAAAAAAUUAAAAAUAAUAAAAUAAAUAAAAAGAUUUUAGAUAAUAAAGAAACGUUUUUACAUACACAAAUACCAGAGACAUAUGAUAACAUACAUACAUAUAUAGUUGAUAAUAGGAAGAAUAAAUAUUCCCCUAGUGAUGAUGAAAAUAAAGACAAUGCUUCAAAAGAGGAGAGGGCUCAUCCUUUAAAAAAAAAAAUCAAAGGUAAAAAAAAUAUUAAGAGCAAUAUAAAAAGGGUACCUCGAAAUAAGGAGAAUAAACAGGAAAGAACAAGAAGAAUUCAAAAUGACAAUAGUGAUAAUAAUAAUAAUAAUAAUAAUGAUAAUCUUAAUAGUGAUGAAGGUGAUGACAAUAAUGGUAAUGAUAAUAGUUAUGAUGAAAGUGAUAUUUAUGAUGAGAACAAUAACAGUACUGAUAAUGAUAAUGAUAAUGAUAAUUCGACAAAUGAAAACUUCAAUGAUCAAGAAGAAAAUAUAAGUGAUGAUCACUACCAACAAAGUAAUAGUGAUAAUACAAAUAAAGAAAAUAAAAUGAAUAUUAAAAGAAGAACCAGCUUUGAUAAAGACAAAAUGAGAUAUACAAUACAUAAUAUUGAAGAUAUAAAAAAAAAAUCCAAAAAAAUUAUGAACAAAAAUGAAAACGAAAAGUAUUUAUAUAAUAGUGAUUAUAUGAAUGGUUCAUAUGAUUUCGUGAUGCAAAAAAAAAAGGAAAAAAAAAAAAAAAAACAACAAGAAAGUGAAAAUCAAAAUGAAAAAGAAAAAGAAAAACAUAAUGACUAUUAUAAUAAUAACGAUCGACAUGAUAAUCGUAAUAAAUUCAAUAAAGAUAAUUAUAAUAAUAAAGACAACGUUCUUGUUAAUGAUCAACCUUUUAAUUAUACUAAACGUAAAGGAAAAAAAAAAAAUAAAAACGAUACAUUAAAAGAUCAAUAUAAUGAUGAAAAUAUAAAAGAAUAUUUUCAUACCUUAAUAGAAGGACAAGUCUCUAAAAACAUUAAAAACAAAAAAAAAAAAAAUUCGCAAAGAGAUUGUAGUCUCAAUAAAUCGAAUAAAGAAAAAGGAAUAAAAAAAGAACGAAUAUUACACAAUAAACAUUUUAAAGAUACUGAUUCAGAAGAAGAUCAGAACAACAAAAAUAAAAAAAAAAAUAAAAAUAAUAUUUAUUUAAAAAAAAAUUAUGAUCAAGAAAAUGAAAAAGAUAAUAAUGAAUAUGAAAACGAAAAAAGUUAUAUUAAAAUGUCACGUCCAUAUUAUGAAGAAGAUGAAACAUCAUAUCGUAAACAAAAUAUUAAAGAAUGGUCUUCAUAUACAAAAUAUAAAGAAAAUAAAUUAAAUUUGGAUGAUGAAGUAAUUGUGAAUAAAGGAAAUGACCAACAAUUAAACCGUAUCAAUAAAAAUGAAAAAAAUAAAGAAGAGGACAAAUAUGAUAAAUACAAAAAAGAUAAUAAAAAUCAAACAGAUGACCCACUAUAUGAUAAUAUUAAAAAUUACGAUAAUGAUAAUAAAGGAUUAGAAUUCUUUUCAAAUAAUUUCUUUCAUAUUAAAAAAUUUAUAGAAAAAAAAGAUAGUGAAAAUGUUCACAUGUCAAAAAUUGAAAAUUCACAAAAAGAAGAAGAAUUAAAUCUUAAAAAAAAUAACCUGAACAGUUCAGGUAAAACAGAAAAACUUGAAAAAUUCUUAGGAAUAUAUAAAGAAAAUAAUGAAGCUAUGGAUUUUUAUAAAAGUGUAUUGAUAGAAGAAAAUAAUAAUAUGAAUAGAUCAAAAAGUAUGAUAAAUAAAAAUGGUUUGAAUGAUGAUCAUCGUCAUAAGGAUAAUAUAUCUAAAAUAAAUCGUUAUAAUAGUGAUGACACAUAUAUAAAAGUGCAGAAUAAUAAUGAUAAUGAAAAGGAAAUAUAUAAUUCUGACCUUUCAAAUGAUAAUAAUAAAAAGAGUAACAACAACAACAACAAUAAUAAUAAUAAUAAUAAUAAUAACAAUAAUAAUAACAACAACAAUAAUAAUAUCCAUAAUAAUAAUAGUGGUGAUAAGAAUCAUCGUAAUAAUUAUAAUAAUAAUGAUAUAUAUAUGUGUAAAAAUGUAAAAAAUAUAAUUUUAUCAUUAGAAUUAAGUAAUGAAGAAAAAAUUAACGAAGUGAGAAAAAUUUUAUUUUAUUCAUCCAGUGAUGAAAAGAAAUAUAUUAUGAAUGAAAUAUUAAAUAUAUUAUAUAUAUAUCCACAAUUAUAUGUUUCUUGUAUUAUUAGUUUGUUUUAUUUAUUUAUAUUAGAUAAUGAUAUUUUUGAAAGACAUUUUAAUGCUGAUGAUUUAGUUUACUUGUUUAAUGAAAAAAUUGAUUUUAGAUAUGCUGAGUGGUUCUUAAAAACAUAUUUAUUUUAUAAAUAUAAAUAUUCUGAUAAUACAUACACCAAGGGAUCUACAUAUUAUAUAAAGAAGGGUUCUCCAAGAAAUAGUAUCAAAAGAGAGGGAAGCUAUAUGUAUGUAGAUGAAAAUAUCAAGUUAGAUAAUAUAAAAAAAAAUGAUUUGAAUGAAGGAAACCAAAAAGGUGUUGAUGAUAAUAAAAUGGAUGAUAAUAAAAUUGAUGAUAAUAAAAUUGACGAUAAUAAAAUUGAUGAUGAUAAUAAUAAAACUCAUGGUUAUGACGAUGAUGAUAAUAAUAAUCAGAAUAGUUAUAAUACGAAUGGCUCAACAAAUAUAAAAAAAAUUCAUAAAAACACGUUUGAUCCUUUUUUUGAGAAACAUAGUAAUAGCUCACUUAUAGAUUCAGGAGAUGAUUACUUGUGUGAUAUUAAUAAUUUAUCAAAUAAUAAAAAAGAUAUAAAUAUUUUAUGGACCUAUUUUGAAAGUUCUAAAUGUGUUGGUUAUAAUGAAUGUAAAACAUUAUUAAGUUUAUGUUUAAAAAAUGAAAAUGAGACAAGUAUUAAUAAUAUUAGUGCUUCUAAGGUUAGAAGUCUAGUUAUAUCGAUAUGGUCGAAUAUACCCUCAUCAAAACCUAAACGUUCAUUUAUAAAAUUAAUAUUUAAUUGGAUAAAUAAUAAAAAAGAUGAUUUAUAUAAAAAAAAAAAUUUAUUUUAUUUAUUAAAAUCUGAAAAGAAAAAUAAUAAGAAUUUAUCAAAAAUUUGUUUUAAUUAUUUCUUAAAUUAUCUAAUUAAAUAUAAAGAUAAUUGUUCAAAUGAUAUUAUAUAUAUAUUAUAUCUGAUAGAUGAAAAUGAAUUAAAAAUAUAUUCUAGAAAUUUUAUUCAAAAUCAUAAAAUAAAUUUUAAUCAGUUUAUAUCUAUAUGGAAUAUUAUGUGUAUAUUAUUUUGGGAUACAGAUGAAAUUAAUAAUUUUAUAUUUUUACAAAAAAAUAAAUAUUAUUAUUAUGAUUUUAUGUUAAUAUUUUUAAAAACUUUUUAUGAUUAUAUAAAUGUAAAUAGAGACAUGAGAGAAAUUAUGAAAAUGAAACUGAAAAAGACAUUUCUCACAGAAUAUCAUCAAGAUACUGAAUCACCUGAAGAACAUAUGUCUACUUAUCAAGAAAAAAAAGAUGCUUAUAAUAAAGACGAUCGUUUAAGUUAUAUGAAGAAAAUGUCACUCUCCAAUUCAUCUAUAAAUAAAGAAGACAAACAUGAGGAUCAAAAUGAAUAUCUUAAUCUUUUUGAUAUUGAAAAUAUAAUUAAUAAUUUUAAUUUCACUGAUUUUGUAAAUAAUGAGAUAAGUAAAGACAAUUAUUUUGAUUCUUUUUUUGCAGCGAGUAAUAUGCCUAUCCCCAGCAUGUCCAAUAUAUCUCUGACAGGAACACAUACAAGUCAACAUGACAAGAACGCACGUCAUAAUUACAACUCGCCAUUCUGUCAUCCUCUAUGGAGAAAUCGUCAAGAAAAAGAACGAGAUUUACAAAGAAUGAAAGAAGAAGAAGAAAGAUUAAAAAGAAGAGGAGGAGGGGUACCAGUAACAGAAGCUUAUGAUAUAGAAAAUUUAAUUUUUUUAGGAAUAUGUAUAAAAAUAGUAAUAUGUAGAAUAUCUAAUUUAUUAAAUGCUAAAUCUUGUUUACAACAAUUUCAUUAUUUUCUAAAUCACAAAAAGUUAGGUUUAAAAAUAUUUAAAUAUUCAAAUAUUAUCUUAGUUUAUUUUAUUCCUUUUUUUAAAAAAUAUUAUUUCUUAUGGAAAUUUAUUGAACAUGAAAUAGAUAAAGACAUUAUGAAUCUUAUAAAAUAUAUUAUGGAUCACUUAGAAAAUAUGCAAGUAGAAAAUAUACCUUUAAGUAUAUGUAAUAUUAAUCAUAAUUCUAGUCACAUGAAUCAAGGUAUAUCAAAUCAGAAUGGAACUGAACGUAUAUAUACUGAAAAUUUACAUAAUAUAAAUAAUAAUAUAAAUAAUAAUGUCAAUAAUAUAUAUAAUAAUAACAAAUGUGGACCCUCUUCUUAUCGUCAUACACAAAAUAUUCAUCAUAAUAUAAAUAGUAUACAUAAUAACAGUGUUAAUAAUAAUUUUAAUAAAAAGAAUGAUCAUCAUAUACGUGAUAAGAUAGAAAAAAACAAAAGUGAUAUAUAUUUAUUAAAAUCAACAAAAAAUAAUAUGCCAUUUGAUCAUAAUGGACGUCUUACUAAUAGUAACAUUAAUUUUAUGAAGAAUAAAAAUUUGCUCAUAUCUAAACAGGAAGAAGAAAAAUAUAAAAGUUUUCAGAGUUUGAAUUAUAAUAGAAUCAAACAUAAUAAUAAUAAUAGUAUACAGGCAAAUAAUAUCCAAAUGAAUAAUAUUACCUUAAAUAAUAAUAAUAUAAACUUAUUAAAAUAUAAAAAUGAUCAAAACAAACAAGGAGAAUAUUUUAAUCUAAACAAUAUGAAAUAUUCAUUAUAUGGAAAAAAUAAAAAUAAUAUGAAUAAUGAUAAUAUAACAAAACAUAUAUUCAACGAAAAAAAUAAUAAUAAAGAUGAUUAUAUUGGACCCUUCAAUAAUAAUUCAUCAUAUGAUAUAAAUGAAGAAGAUGAUGAACAUUAUAUUUCAUAUGAUGAUAUGUUUAGAAAUUAUGAUAGUGAAGAGAGUAAUAUAUCAAAUAGUAAAAAUACAUCAGAAAAUUUUAAUGUAAAAGAUUUUAUUACGAAUUUGCAUUUUACUAACUUGGAUGAUGAUAGUAAUAUUAUAUCCAAAAAUUUUUUUUCUUCAAAAAAAAUAAAUGAUCAAAAAUGUCAACCAAAAUGUGAACCAAAAUAUGACCCAAAAUAUGAACCAAAAUAUGACCCAAAAUAUGACCCAAAAUAUGACCCAAAAUAUGAACCAAAAUAUGAACCAAAAUAUGACCCAAAAUAUGACCCAAAAUAUGAACCAAAAUAUGAACAUCAAGGAUCAUCUAUAAAAAAUCAAAAUAACAAAUUAAUAAACAAAAGCAAAUAUGAUCCUUUCGCAUCCUCUUCAGAAUCAUCUAACUACAAUGAAGACAAAAAUAUUAUGUAUAUGUAUUCAAAUGAACAAAAUUAUAAGAAUUCGAAAAAAAUAUUAUCUGAAAAAAAAAAAAAAAAAAGCCAAACAAUAAAUCAUAUUAAUCGUAUGGAUUCUAAUCGACCACAUACAAAUGAAGAAUAUCAAGAAAAAGAUCAAUCCACAAGCUUAAUUGGAAGUUUAGGAAGAGAAGAUUCUUUUGAUAAAACGUCACAUAAAGAUAAUCAUUUUGAUCAUCAUAAAAAUAAUCAUUUUGAUCAUAAUAAAAAUAAUCAUUUUGAUCAUCAUAAAAAUAAUCAUUUGGAUCUAACUAAUAAUCAUAUUAUAAAAAAUGGAAAACACAUGAGAAAUAUAAAACCUCGAUGUAGUAAUGAUGAUAAUAGUACAUCAAAAUAUGAAGAACAUGUUAACGAACAUAUGAUAGGUAAACAUACAAACAGAAGAAAUUCUUUGUAUUCAUAUCCUACACAAAUAAAUAAAAUGUCUGAUCAAAUGGAAAAUCAAAAGGUAAAAAAAAAUACAAGCCUAGAAAAAAAUAUUCAUCAUAUGAAUGAUAAUUAUGACGAAAUAAAUUUUACUGAAAAGUAUUUUGAGAACGACUACUACGGGUCAGACCAACAUGAUAAGCAGAAUGAUGGUAUGAAUAAUAUGAAUAAUAUGAAUAAUAUGGAUCAUAUGAAUCGUGUGAAUCCUAUGAAUCAUAUGAAUCAUAUGAAUCGUUUAAAUCAUAAUAAUAUUAAUGAUGCUCGAGGGGGAGGAGUUAAAAUAAAAAAAUAUUUAAUGCUACCUGUAGAUAAAUUUACAUUUGAACAUAUGAGUAAAAGAAAUUAUCCACAUCCACCUGUAGGACUAAUGAAUCUAGGAAAUACAUGUUAUUUAAAUAGUUUAUUACAAGCGUUAUAUAGUACUGUGUCUUUUAUAGUAAAUUUAUUUUUGUUUAAAAUAAAUCAAACGAAUAAUAAGGUCAUGACAACAGAUCGUGCUAAUUAUGAAAUGUAUAGAGUUCAAAUGUAUAAGCAAAAUGGAAAUCUCGAAUUAGAUUAUUUUUUAGAAGAAAUCAAAUCUUUUUUUAAAAAUAUGUUAACAACAGAUAAGUCAUAUAUAUCUGCAGAUAGAGUUUUAAAUAUGUUACCUGUUGAACUAAAUAAUAGAAAUCAACAAGAUGUAACAGAAGUUUUUAGAUAUAUAUUUGAUAAAUUAGGUGGAUCAGAAAAAGAAUUCUUAAGAUUAAUUUUCUCAGGGGUUGUAAUGCAAAAAGUACAAUGUCAAAAAUGUCUAUUCAUUUCAAAAACAAAAGAAAUAAUACAUGAUCUCUCAUUCCCUGUACCUAUAAGUACCAAUGAAAAAUUAUCAAUUCAAAAGUUUUUUGAUACAUUUAUUCAGAAAGAAAAAAUAUACGGAAAUAAUAAAUACAAAUGUUCAAGAUGUAAUAAAAAAAGAAAUGCCUUAAAGUGGAAUGAAAUCAUAUCACCUCCUUGUCACUUGAUACUAAUCCUUAACCGUUAUAAUUGGUCGUUUAGCUCGAACGAAAAAAAGAAAAUCAAGACGCACGUUAAAAUAAACUCAAAAAUUGUAGUUAAUAAUUUUGACUACAAAUUAUAUGGAGCAAUAAUACAUGGUGGGAUAUCAGCAUCAUCAGGACAUUAUUAUUAUAUAGGGAAAAAAUCAGAAAGACAAAAUAAAAAAAAAAGUUCAUGGUAUCAAAUGAAUGAUUCUAUAGUGACAAAAGCAAAUUCAAAAAUGAUUAAUAAAAUAUCAAAAGAUUUAUCAAAUGAUCACACUCCAUAUGUUUUGUUUUAUCGUUGUAAGCAAGCACCAAUAUCUCCAGAUUUGUACUUCUAA